UUAUAGUGUGGGAUCCAGCGAGUAAGAAGUCAGCACAUGCUCACAAAGCUGCGCUCAUGUGUUACAUCUUUGUUUUUCUGGCGUUUGCAGCGGCAUAGCCCAUCGGUCGGUUGCGUGAUUGGGAGCUACUUAGGCAAUCAUGGCAGAUGAACAGGAGAUCAUGUGCAAAUUAGAAAAUAUUAAGGAGAUAAGAAAUAAGACCAUCCAGAUGGAGAGAAUAAAAUCACGCCUGAAGAGUGAGUUUGAGGCCUUGGAAUCAGAGGAGAAGCAUCUGAAGGAAUACAAGCAGGAGAUGGAUCUUCUGCUGCAGGAGAAGAUGGCACACGUAGAAGAGCUGCGACUGAUCCACGCUGACAUCAAUGUGAUGGAAAACACGAUCAAGCAGUCGGAGAACGACCUGAACAAGCUGCUGGAGACGACACGACGCCUCCACGAGGAGUACAAGCCCCUGAAGGAGCACGUGGAUGCUAUGAGGGUGGGCCUGGGCCUGCAGAGGCUCCCCAACCUGAGCGACGAGGAGGAGAAGCUCUCCCUCGACUACUUCGAGAAGCAAAAGGCAGAGUGGCAAGUAGAGCAGCAAGAGCCUUCCAUCCCAGAAUCCCUUGCGGCGGCGGCCGCAGCUGCUCAGCAGCUCCAGGUCUCCCGGAAGCAGGACUCCCGCCAGACUGCCGCUUUCCGGCAGCAGCCCCCACCCAUGAAGGCCUGCCUUUCGUGUCAUCAGCAAAUUCACCGUAAUGCACCAAUAUGUCCGCUCUGCAAGGCCAAAAGUCGUUCCAGGAACCCCAAGAAACCCAAAAGGAAGCAAGACGAAUGAUGAUGGAGAGAAAACGUCCCUGGCUUUUGAAACAAACAAAAAUAAAAUAAGGCAUAUUUACAUGUGAUGUAAGCACAAACAUUUUCCUUUUAGGAAAGCUGUAAAAGUAUUUGCGUUCAUAUGAUGUAGUGUAGCUAAAUGAAGGAAUUUCAGGAUGUGUGUGUAAAAUUAAGUUACAUUGAUCAAAAGGUGCCAAAUUGACCUAUGAUGCAUGGAUUAUUGAAGUUUUUUGUUUUCUAAUUAUGCUUUUUGUGUUUACAGAAGGGGAGCUUGGUGUAAAUGUGGUGUAAGCAGUCUUACUUCUGGCUAAUCUAACUUGGAGAAGUGGAGCAUUUGGUGCUGGUGUUAAUUUAGUGUGAUAAUUACAAUUAAGUGCUACCGGGUUUUUAUGCAGCAAAUCCAGAAGGCAGGCUGGCGCACUAGGAUGACAGCUCUUAAGCUGGUGUAAGUGUGAGAUAUCUAUGCUUUUGUCACAGUAGUGAUUGGCUUGAGUCUUUACUACCAGGCAGUGUGACAGUUGUUACCUAGACCCCAUUAAGGAGUAAUCUGUGCAAUGACCACUCCACCCUGAGGGAUGCCAUCACGCCAAAUUAGAGGAACAGUGGUCUAAGGGAUUGCUGUAUGCGGAUAUUGGUGUACGGAACAUUAAUCCAUAUAAAAGAACACCUUUAAAUUUUGAAGGUCUAGGGUCAUCAUCUGUAAUGUAAUGCUGACAGUGAUUCGGUCUCUUGUCCUUAUAUUAUUUGUGCAGUUCAUUGAUAUAUACAGUAUUUAGGUGUAGAACAUGCCAGUCACUUUCGUAUUUUAGGUGCCGUUUUUAAUGAUUGUGUGUCUCGUCUUCUCAUGCGGUGUCGUCUGCACUUAACCUUGUAAAGGAAUGAUCUUGCUGGAAGAGUAGCGUAUUUCUGAGAAACGUGUUAAGCUGUGAUCGAGGUUGGCAAGUUGUAUUGUGAUGUCUAAUGGAAUGUGAGGACAGCUGUGCUUGUACUGUCUAAAUCCAUAACUUACUGUUCUAGUCAGCAUGGAUAAAUGUUUUAUGUACAGAAAAACCUACAGCCUGUCCUAAAGGUGUUUAAUGAUAAUCCAGCUUUUCACAUAUGAGGUAAAUUUCUUUUGUUCAGACAUAACACUCUGUGUAAAUGUAAAUGUGUUGUUUGUGGUUCCAUUUUUUUUUACUUAAGAAGUUCUCAGUAACCAAAAUAUAUGUCUUAACAGCACUGACAAAAAUAUACCAAAUCCGUGUUACUCAGCCCAGUCCUUGGCGAGCCCCAGACAGCACACGUUUUUGCUCCCCGCCAGACAGCACACGUUUUUGCUCCCCGCCAGACAGCACACGUUUUUGCUCCCCGCCAGACAGCACACGUUUUUGCUCCCCGCCAGACAGUCCACAUUUUUGGUCCUGGAGCUGGGAGAGAGCAAAAACGUGGACUACUUGGGGGUCCCCAAGGACAGGGUUGAGAAGCACUGUAUUAAAUGAUUUUAGUAAUUCAAAGUUUAAAAUUCUUCAUCCUACAAAAAUUCUUUCCUCUAAGUUAAUAAUUGCACUUGUGACCAAUGUUUGAUGUGAAGGAAGCAAAUAAUUUUGACUUUAAACAUUCUAUGAAACCCAAAACAUAUUGGUCUCUCUUUUUAAAACUACUUUUACAGAUCAGUCUAUUUGCAUAAUUAUUAUGUUCAGUAUACAAAGGCAUUGUAAUCCAACUUUUUAUAUAAAUGGCAGCUUAAAAUUAUUUUAUUUUAUAUCCAGAACCUUUUGUGUGGGGUUUGUGUCCCUCCCCCCUUUGUAAAAUGUAAUGUGAAUUUUUGUCCAGUAAAUUUUGUGCAAGGGACUAGUUCA